CAAAGGAAACUUAACCUAACUUUUUCACGUGUAGGGGCGGCAGUGGGGGUUCCUAAAACAUUUUUAACAAACAAAUUUUAAUUUUUAUAUAUUAACUUAUUAUUACACGCGUAAUUGAUUAAUAAAACAGAUUAAAGGAAUACCCCACUACAUCCACAUAAAUUUGUAGUAUACAUUUCUGGUAGUACCGAGAAUAGCAACUAUUUAUAGCAUUUACCCUUGGAAUUUUUAAAAUAAAUACAUAGUUGCAUUUAAAAUACUUUAUUUGUCUAAUACUAAAAGUCAGUGGUAAUUCGGUAAUAAAUAUGCCUACAAAAGGAGAAGACUUAAACAGCCCCACAGAGAACCCCUUAAUAACCUCCACAAUAGACCAGGACCAAAAUGAAAAAAUCAAAAUGAAGAAACAUAUGGGCCUUUUAGAGGGAGUCGCUAUUAUUUUAGGCAUUAUUUUUGGAUCAGGUAUUUUCAUAUCUCCAAGAGGGGUGAUACAAGAAGUUGAUUCAGUAGGAUUCUCCUUAGUUAUAUGGGUGUUAUGUGGGCUCUUAUCUAUGAUAGGUGCCCUGUGCUAUGCAGAAUUGGGCACUUGCAUACCAAAAUCUGGUGGAGAUUAUACAUAUAUCAAUGAAGCAUAUGGGUCUUUGCCUUCAUUUUUGUAUUUGUGGGCGGCAAAUGUAAUUUUUGUCCCCACAACAAACUCAAUUAUGGGACUCACAUUUGCUAAAUAUGUGAUACAACCCUUUUUCCCUGAAUGUGAUAUGCCUGAUUUGGGAGUGAGACUUGUGGCAGCCGCAGUCAUUUGUUUUCUAACAUUUUUGAAUGGUUAUAAUGUGAAGGCCACCAUGAAACUACAAAAUGUUUUCAUGUUUUGUAAAUUAGGUGCUCUAGUAUUAAUCGUUCUCAUGGGAGUGGUGUGGAUGUCUUUGGGACAUGUGGAGAAUUUCUCAAAUGCUUUCGCCCAUACCACAAAUAAUCCUGGAAAAAUUGCCAAAGCAUUUUAUAGUGGAAUUUUUUCUUAUUCUGGAUGGAACUAUUUAAAUUUCAUGACAGAAGAGCUGCAAAACCCUUUUGUGAAUCUCCCGAGGGCCAUUUACAUAUCUCUGCCAUUAGUAACUGGUAUAUAUGUCUUGGCAAAUAUGGCUUACAUGUCUGUAUUGACUCCCACAGAUAUUGCUGCCACUGAUGCCAUUGCUGUUACUUUUGGCAAUGCCCUUCUGGGGAAAUAUAGCUGGUUUAUCCCAAUUUUGGUGGCGAUUUCGGCAUUUGGGGGUUUAAGUGUACACAUAAUGUCAUCGUCAAGGAUGUUGUAUGCCGGAGCCAGAAACGAUCAAUUUCCCGCGAUGUUAGGCCAUUUGAAUGUGAAAACAUUGACUCCCGUGCCUAGUUUGUUCCUUUUGAAUGUCCUCUCUCUUAUAAUGCUAUGCUCCAGUGACAUUCAACUGUUAAUCCACUAUUGCACCAUCGUGGAAACUUUUUUCGUAACACUGUCCGUCUCCGGUGUUUUAUAUUUAAGGUGGAAAUACCCGAAAAUGGAACGCCCUAUUAAAAUCCACAUCAGUGUGCCGAUAAUAUUCAUAAUAAUUUGUAUAUUCUUGCUGAUCUUACCGAUAAUCGAGUCCCCGCUGAUCUUGCUAGGGGGCGUGCUGAUCACCCUCAGUGGCGUACCGGUUUAUUACUUCGGUAUAAUGCAAGAUAAGAAACCGGAGAAGUUUAAUCGAUUUAUGCGAGCUAUGACGGUUUUGUGCCAGAAAGUGUUUCUGUCGGCCCACGAGGAGGAAUAAAUAAGACUGGAAACAUCACAAAUAUGAAUCUCACAUGACGUGAACAGAAUGAGUUUCUAGUUUAACGCACACAGUGCUGUUUUUGUAGCUUUUAAGUGUAUUUUUUUUUCAGUACAAUUUUUAGGUUUAGGUUUGCUAGGUUACCAUUUAUUUUUUUUAGUAUUAUUGGCUCAAAUGUAUUAAGGGUUGUGAUUUUUUUUGUUGUUUAUUUAUUUCUUUUAGUUUUAGUGCAGCUAAGAAAGUUUUUCUCCUCUUAUACGAAUAUUAAGAAUCUCCAUAUAUUUUAACUAAUCAGAUUGUACAUUUGUUACAUUAAUACACUAUUUUGAAACAGA